GCGAGGAGUCAGCAGGAGAUUUGCACUAGCGUCCGAUUACUGUUGCUAGCCGUUUAUUUUUUGUGUGUAUCAGAUCUGGCCCCAAGGCUGUUGUUUUUUUAAACAUAUAUAUAUACAUAUAUAAAAAAAAGUGUAAUUUUGCUGAAAGCUGAUCCCGACAUGCAGCCAUCAACUGCUAAGUGGUACGACAGACGGGACUCUGUCUUUAUUGAAUUCUGUGUAGAAGACAGCAAAGAUGUUGAGGUGAAAUUCAACAAAUCAAAGCUUAACUUCAGUUGUGUAGGGGGAGUCGAUAGCAUCAAAUAUCAUAAUGAAGUAGAACUAUUUGAGGCCAUCGACCCAAAUGAUUCAAAACACAAACGUACAGACAGGUCUGUGUACUGCUGUCUACGAAAAGCAGAACCUGGCAAGUCGUGGCCAAGGUUAACAAAAGACAAAGCAAAGUUCAAUUGGCUCAGCGUUGACUUCAAUAACUGGAAAGACUGGGAAGAUGAUUCAGAUGAAGAGUUGUCCAGCUAUGACCGAUUCUCAGAGAUGAUGAACAACAUGGGAGGGGAAGAUGAUCUGCCUGAAAUGGAUGGUGCAGAUGAUGAAGAAUCUGCAGAUAGCGACGACGAAAAGAUGCCAGAUCUUGAGUGAAGCUGCAAAGGACAUGCUGUGGCAGAAAACAAGGAUCUUUGUUUAACUGAUAUUUGACAAAAAAAAAAAAA